UAGUCUUCUCUUUUCUCCUUCACUAUUCAUCCACUCCAUAUUCUCUCUCCACUUUCUCUCUCCUCCUCACUUUCUCUCUCUAGGGUUUUCUCUGCUUUCAUUUUCUUCUAUCUCUAUCUAUCUCGUUUCAGUUGAACUUCGAUCUAUUUGUGAAUUUCAAUUAAAGCUGUUUCAUCGAUUUUUGUGCCCUAAUUUUACCAAUUUACUUCAUGGAGGCUCUGACUCCAAGUAUGGAGGAAAACAAGAAAUUAGAGGAGGCGAAAUUAACUUCGGCGGCUGCAUUUGUAGAAGGUGGCAUUCAAGAGGCUUGUGAUGAUGCUUGUAGUAUUUGUCUUGAGGAGUUCUGCGAUAGCGAUCCUUCGACUGUGACGGGAUGUAAGCAUGAGUUUCAUCUUCAGUGUAUUCUUGAAUGGUGUCAGAGGAGUUCUCAGUGCCCAAUGUGUUGGCAGCCUAUCAGCUUGAAAGACCCUACAAGCCAAGAACUAUUAGAUGGUGUAGUACAGGAGAGAAACCUCAGGCUUAAUCCACCGAGAAAUGCAGCGAUUUUUCACCAUCCAGCAUUGGGAAAUUUCGAGAUACAGCAUCUAUAUGCAUUACAGUUGCCAGUUGGUGUUAACGAUGCUGAACUGGAGGAGCGCAUUAUCCAGCACUUGGCUGCUGCAGCAGCAAUGGGUCGUGCUCGCCAUUUUGCUAGGAGAGAAGGUCAUAGGGGGAGAUCAUCCACUCAAAGUCGUCCGCAAUUUCUGGUGUUCUCUGGUCAUUCUAAUGGCGAGUCUGGUCCUGUAUCUCUUCCUGAAGAAGGGCAAGCUGAACCUCCUCCAGCCAGUUCUCUUGUUACACCUUCUCUGCUUAGAAUUGGGGGUGAAGAAUCUCCUUAUCUAUCAUUACCAAGUCAUUCAAGCCACACAGAUAUGGUUUAUGCCUCUGGAACUAGUGCCAUCUCUGCUGGUCAUGCAUCACCCUCAGACAGUGGGAGGUCUCCCAAUCAAUCUUCUCCAAGAAGUCAGGAUAGAGCAGGCCCAUCUGAUCUCCAAUCGUUUUCGGAAGCUCUGAAGUCUCGGCUUAAUGCAGUGUCUACGAGGUACAAGGAGUCUAUAUCCAAAAGCACAAGAGGGUGGAAGGAAAGAUGGUUUUCCCGCAACUCUCCUAUGUCUGAUAUCGGUUCUGAAGUACGGAGAGAAGUCAAUGCUGGAAUUGCAACUGUCUCCCGAAUGAUGGAGCGUAUGGAAACUAGGGAUGAUGAGAGACCCAACAAUGAUACUGUAAUUGACAGUUCUGAGAGCAGUCAAGCUCAUGACCCUGUUACCCAAAAUGGGGCUGGAUCUGUUGUGGGCUCAGGAGAGAAUCAUGCGGGUGACAACAGGACGCAAGCACCAUGUGCUGCGCAUUCUGGUUCCGACUGAGGAUGAUAUUGGCCAUUGCAUCAACUCAUAGCGUUUAAUGUUGAAGAUACAAUCCCUUUGCAAUCGGACGGAUGCUGUGACUUUGAUGCUUUUGCCUCUAUAGUAAACUAGUAGGUAAUUUCCCUAUAUGGAAAAUGUCAUUUGUAAUUGUGUUCUGGAUAGAUAAUAAAUUUAACUUAGAUUCAUCUGAGCUCGUCAAAUGGUACGUCGAGUACCUGGUUGUAAAUUAUAUAUAUGUUGUGUCUCGUACUUAAUUAUGAUAUAUUUGCUGGCCAUGCACUACCUCAUCUGGCUUCUACAGGAUUAAUGUACAAUUUUCGUAGCA